AUGCAGUACUUGUCCAAGGCGUACAACUACUACUCUGGCAUCAAUCCCGCAACACUCUCCGGCGCCAUUGACGUGAUUGUCGUCCGGCACGUUGACCAAGAUGGCAAUGAGACCCUCUCCUCCUCCCCCUUCCAUGUCCGAUUCGGCAAGCUCCAAGUCCUCCGAGCUGGGGAGAAACGAGUCACCCUUCGUCUGCCCAACAACCUCCCAUCGCCACAUGUCGCCCCAUUCAGCAUGAAGGUCGGAGAGACGGGCGAGGCGUUCUUCGUUUUCGAGACAGAUGAGGAUGUACCUGACGACUUGCUCACUAGUCCGGUCGUUGGCCCUACUGAGGGCGAAACGGAAGAUGAUGCAGGAUCGUCGGGUACCAAGGUCGAGCACGAUCACACGGACGCCCCAUUAUCGCCAGAAGAGGAGAAGGGGGGCUUGACUCUCCAGCCAUUCGGGGAUACCGAAAGGCAGGAGAAGCAAAAGCAGGACAAGCUCGACUCGGACGUCCUGGAUCUCAAUCACUCGGUGGAGACUUUGAAAGACAAGGUCAUUGCGGGUUUACCAAAUCGCGCCACCACCCCAUCAUCCCUACUCAGCAAACUCCCUUCUAUCCCCUUUAUCUCAUCCCAUACAUCGGACAAGGACGAGUCGCCCGAUGCGGAGUCGUCAAGCCAGGGAGCGUCACCAACGAAGGAUCCCAAGCAGCGUCGACCGGCUACUCCGCAAGGCGCCAGCAGGACGACCGUGGUCCCCAACCCGAUCGCAGCGAGCGAAGGAGAGGAUACGGAGCUGCCGGCGGAGAACGUGAAGCUGUCGGAUAUGGAGCAUGCUGAUCUCCCGGCCGUGGAGCCGGGGACAGGAGAUGGACCAGAGGUGCUGUACGGAAAGGGCGUCGUGCUGGAUAUGGCGGGAUACCACAGCCGGUCGAAAGAUGAGCUGGCGGGCACGUACGAGGGCGGAGAGCCGACUGGCAAACCCUCGUCGGUGUCUUCCACCCUGGUCGCUACGUUGACGGACGAUUUGCGCUCAUCCGCCAAAAUCCUGGGCGAUCGCACUCGUCCACCUAUGCUCCACCAUAGCGUUUCCGAGCCGCCAGCGUACGACGAUGACAGCGACGAGGAUGAUGCUCUGGACGCCAAAUCUGAACCAGAUAUCUCUGGUCUUUCCCUGCUCGACGAUCGCUCAGUACGCGCCAAGUCUGAGCCGCCAGAUACACCUCCGCCCCGGUCACCUACCUCGCAUAUCAGCACUCGCCCGCAUUCCCCUCACCUCAUCCGCACGCCCAACGGGACCGUCUUCCCAUCUAUGAUGCCGCCUCCAGCGGUGCUGGAUCUGGCGUGGGACUGGGGUGGAAGAGCAAAAGGCGGCUCGCAGAUUGUCGCGCCGCGACAGCGGGAAGGCGAGGUCGGCUCCCCUCCAUUAUUACCGGAGCGGACGAGGAGCGAGAGCAUGCCGAUCACUCAGUCAAAGGCGGCGGGCAGGCUGAAGAAUGUCGAGGAGAACCCAUAUCUCUUUGUGUUGGAGAUGGCGUCGGGGCGAGCACAUUCGUUCGAGUUGUCGUUGUGCGGGUCAGAAGGGUCUGGAGCGAAGGGGGAUGCAGCGGAUGAUGAAGAGUCAGCCUUCUUGGCGAAGAGGGUCACAUUCCAGCAUUUCAUCGAGGACCCUCAGAUCGUAGAUGAUCCCGCACUGGUACUUCGGUACAGCUUACUGUAUCUAUCAUGGACUACCGGAUACGACCUUCUACUCGCGCUGUCUAUGUAUCGCCGAGCCCUGACUCCGCCCGUUAGCGCAGCCCCAAAUCCCCAGCCUCAGGCCGAAGCGGACGGAGCGGGCAAAACUCCCGUCGUAUCAUCAGGCUACGGCUGGUCGCGAUGGUGGCGGAGAGGUCAGAGCGCUGUACCUGCAUCGCAGCCUCCGCCAGCCCCGCCCCAGGCUGCCGAGUCCGCCGUCGACGCUGCAUCAGCUUCACCUCCGGCCUCUACGGCUGUCUCCCCAUCGUCGACCGCGGCGGCAUCUCCCGAGGAAGCAGCUGCUGCGUCUGCGGAACCGGCCAAAAUCUUUGCCAAGACCCUGCGUCUUUCAUCGGAUCAACUGAAAACACUCAAACUGCAUCCUGGGCCGAACACUGUCCAAUUCUCGGUGACCUCGUCAUAUUCUGGAGAGGCGAUGUGCUCGUCGAGAAUCUUCCUAUGGGAGAGCACGGACCAGAUUGUCAUUUCCGAUAUUGACGGAACGAUCACCAAGUCUGAUGCUCUUGGUCACUUGUACGCCGCAAUAGGCCGUGACUGGACCCAUCUCGGCAUCGCCAAACUAUACACCGACAUCGCCAACAACGGCUACCGACUCCUCUACCUCACGUCCCGUGCCAUUGGACAGGCGGACUCUACAAGGGAGUAUCUCCGCAGUAUCCAUCAGGGGGAGUAUAGGAUGCCCGAGGGUCCGGUCAUUAUGAGCCCAGAUCGCCUUAUGGCUAGUCUCCAUCGCGAGGUGAUUAUGCGCAAGCCGGAGCUCUUCAAGAUGGCAUGUCUGCGAGACAUUCAGCGGCUAUUUGGACCACAGGCGAAGGAGGCAUUCUUUGCAGGCUUCGGGAACCGAAUUACCGACGCUAUGAGUUAUCGGAGCGUCGGGAUCGAGACGAGUAAGAUCUACACUAUCGAUUCGACGGGAGUGGUCAAGACGGAGCUCCUCCAGUCUGCUGGACACAAGGGCAGCUAUAUCCUCUUGAAUGACCUUGUCAACGAGGUCUUCCCUCCCGUCUCCAAGAGCGUCAAGCCGGAAUUCUCCGACUUCAACUUCUGGCGUGCCGAUAUCCCCGACAUCCCACUUCCUGAUCUUUCCCCGCCUUCCCCAGCGCUUUCUGCGCGGUCCGACUCGAGCAUGAGCGUCCUCUCCAAGAUCAUCGGUCGGCGGGCGUCCAAACAGCCCAUUCUCCCCACAAGCCACGAUGCGAGCUCCCGGCCCAGCAGUCCUCUUAUCGGACCAUCGGUCACUAGCGACGACGAGGAGGAGUACUACAAUGAGCCCACGCGACAUCGGCGGCAUAGCAGUAUGCCCGGAUCGUUUGAGGAGGAACCGGGGAGCCAUUUCCCAAGCGAUGUGUUUGGGCGAUCGAGGGAGGAAGGGGACGAUAUUGAGGCGCAGCGAAGGGGACAGAGUGAGGGCGCGGACACGGGAUCAGAAAAUGGGGACGAUGAGGGUGAAGGGGACCUCGGAGAGGAUUAUGACGACGACGAUACGAUCUUUGACGAUGAUAUUCUGGCGGCGGGGGAGAUGCGGAAUGUACCUUUCUGA